UGUCAUCCUUACGCCGCGGCCGUUGUGAACAACAUGUUCUGGCCCUACCCGUGAGAGUGUGUGCUGGGUGCCUUUUCGAAGGCUUGGAAUACAAAACGAAUAGUACUAGAAAUGGUCACUCCGAAGAAGAGCCAACGGGUUGGCACGAAGAAACCUUCCAAUGGUCCCAGUCCAGCCGUGGAGAUCAUAGUCCCAGUCAUAGAGGAACCGAAGGUCGAAAUACAGGUUGAUCUGAGUCUUGAGAUAUCGCACGCGGAUCUAUCACAUACCGUGGGAGCCAAUACAGCUAUACUCAAAGCCAAGUCGGCAUAUUUCAACAACCUGCUUUCGGAACGCUUCGACGAAGGCUCUAAAAUUACGAGCACACAUGCCAAACUUCGGGAGAAGUAUGGAGACAUUGCGGCAGCACCAAGCGAGGAGCUGCCAGUGGUACAUAUCGAAGAUCUUGGUCGCCUUUCUGAAGUGAAAUCUAUCGCAGCACUCUGCAACGACUUUUUCAAUAUGUUGCAUGGAAUCAAUUUGCCCCAGGAGCCGCCGCCACCUGUCGCCAAUCUCGCCAAUCUGACCAUUGUCGCUGAUCGAUUCGACGCAGUAGGCGCUUUGAGGAACUGUGUGCAGCAGAGAAAGAUCCUGAGGGCAAUUGAUAGGAAGACAACAUCUCGUGCGGAAUUGGGGUUGACCGAGGAGAAGACGCGACAGAGGAUGCUCAUCGCUGUGUUCUUGGACGAUGCGCAGUGGCUAGAGAGAUACUCGACGCGGAUGAUUGGCAAUGGUUGGGUGGGAGGAGUCGCUGCUGAGACGAGCGCACUGUGGUGGGAUCUACCUAUGCGGCUGGAAGAGGAACUCGCAUUCCGCCGAGAGUGCAUUUUGGAAACUUUCCAGUCACUGCAGAUGUUCUACUUGACCUUGUAUACUUCACGCGAGAGGCAGUGCAAGCUCGGCUACGAUUCUUCUCCACAAUGCGACACAUUCCAACUCGGCGAGCUCAUUCGGUACUUCACGCGCAUCGGAACGAUCCAAAUACAUGGCACAAUUAUUCCCACUGACGAAGCGCCUACGCAUACUUAUGAGGGCACUUUGCUCGAUCUUGUACAUACAUUCCGACAAGUCUCGGAGUACCAAAUCGACAAGCAUCACAAUCACUGUGGAAUUCGUACACGGAUACUACCAAUCCUCGACGCGCUCGUCCUGCUCUGUUCGUUCGUUGGAAUUCACGGGGAAGAUUGGAGGACGAGCCGUUUCGAGGAUGCGUGGCUUGACGCAAAGCGGCCUCUGCGAUGCACAAAGAAAGACUUGCAGUUGCCGGUGAGCAUUCCGCGGAUAGAAAAAUAUGCUCGCGUCCGUAGAUUCUUCACCGCUGUGGAGAGGGACUGGUCGGAUGAUGUUUCGGUAGUUCAUCUUCCAGCAAAACUAAGUCUAUGAGGUGUCACUUUUGAUCAGGUUUCAUUGCGGAUGUAGAAGGGCGCCAUAAUGGAUAGAUAGCAUGAAGAUCUACACUU